AUGCUCGGUGAUUUCCAACAAUGCCUUGAAAACAUCGGCCACGUCGCCAAUUCCCUCAACUGCGACGUGACGCUGUUACAUCAACGGCACACCCUCGUCCUACAAACAUCAGCCAGCGAAAUCGAUGGCCCGGUGGAAACGGGUAACCAAAGUUCAAACGGCUCCAGCGACUCGGCAAGUGCGCCUCAUGUAUAUGGCCACGUGCUGAUCCGACAGAGAGGCGGAAAAGUAGAGCAACUUCUUGAGAUCCGUGUGGCUGUCGUCGGAAAUGUCGAUGCUGGAAAGAGCACGAUGCUGGGUGUCUUGACAAAGGAUGUGCUCGACGAUGGACGUGGCAAAGCUCGAUUGAAUCUUUUUCGACACAAGCACGAAAUUGAAUCGGGUCGAACAAGUUCAGUGGGGAUGGAAAUCAUGGGUUUUGAUUCCAAAGGCAAGGUUUUGACUCCCGCGUCGCAAGGCAAAACCAAGCUGAACUGGGAUGAUAUUUGCACGAGUGCUUCAAAGGUGUUCAGCUUCAUCGACUUGGCCGGCCAUGAGAAGUAUCUCAAGACAACCGUGUUCGGAAUGACAGGGUGUGCGCCAGACUUUGCCAUGUUGAUGAUUGGUUCCAACGCCGGCGUCAUAGGCAUGACAAAAGAGCAUCUUGGGCUCGCACUGGCCCUUCAAGUUCCCGUGUUUAUCAUCAUUACAAAAAUCGAUAUGUGCCCUGCCAACGUUCUUGAGAACACGGUACAACAGCUCACCAAGGUCUUGAAGAGUUCCGGAUGCCGCAAAAUCCCAAUGUUCAUUAAUAGCGAGGAGGAUGUCUUGAUGACAGCAAGUACCUUUAUUAGCGAGAGGAUAUGUCCUAUCUUCCAAGUAUCAAACGUGACAGGUGCUGGAUUGGGCCUGCUCAAGUUAUUCAUGAACGUCCUUCGAGCCAAUGGAGUGGGGCGAUACGAUGUAAAUCAGCCUGUGGAAUAUCACAUCGUGGAUACCUUUUCAGUGCCUGGAGUCGGUACUGUGGCUAGCGGUACUGUCAUAACAGGAAUCGUACACGUCGGCGACACGCUGCUAUUAGGUCCGGAUUCGUCAGGUGCCUUCACGCCGACGAUCAUAAAGUCGAUUCAUCGAAAGAGAGUGAAUGUGCCAUGCGCCAGCGCUGGGCAGAGUGCCACAUUCGCCCUCAAAAAGAUCAAGCGAUCCUCCAUUCGGAAGGGCAUGGUGCUAGUGAGUAAGUCGCUGGAGCCAAGAGCAGUGUACGAGUUUGAGGCCGAGAUUCUGGUGCUCUAUCAUAGCUCAACUAUCGGAGCCAAGUACCAGGCCAUGUUGCACUGCGGAUGUGUUCGUCAGACGGCCAGGAUCAUAGGAAUCAACAAAACCGUUCUGCGGACGGGAGAUCGCUCACUCGUGCGAUUCAGAUUUAUGCAGCACCCCGAGUACAUCAAAGUCGGAAGCCGCCUUCUCUUCCGUGAAGGACGAACCAAGGGAGUCGGAAAAGUGAUUCGACUGGUCACCGAAGCCGAGCGAUUACAGCGUUUGCAGAACGAAGCGGCGCCGCCUGUUUGA